UGUCUCCAAGAUUAUUCUUCCAUUUUGCAGCGCACACGGUUUACUAGCCCUUACCCAAAAUGCUCAGACAGUCUUGAGGGCCCAGAUGUUUUCUCAUCAUCCUGGUCAGACAGUGAACUGGAGGUUUCUAGUCUCUCUAGCUUGGAGCUCAUUGUCCUUCCUCCCCCACGGAUAUUCAGCCAUGGUGCUGUUGGAGUGACCCUUCCUCCCAAACCAAACAAGGGCAUGAACCGGUUUAUUAGCCGUAGUGAGGACCUACUUUUGAAGUCUGUUGAAGAGGAUCUUCCUAGCUGGAAAGGGUCCCAGGAGGGUAUCCGGUGCAUUUCCUCAGCCCACUCCAGCAGAAGUGGGGAGCGCUCAUUAGUCUUUAAGGAAGAGGCAGAAAUCUUCGCUCCCAGGGUGGAACAGCAUCUUUCUAAGUCUGUAUAUCCAACACAGGCACAUCCAACCAAGGGUAUCCUCAAGCAGACACAAUACCUGGGAGUACAUGCAAAGGACAGCCUACGCAAGUCCAAAUCAGCAGAGAUCCUGGGAUGGAGCCAGAGCCAUAAAACAAAGCCCAAGAGCAUGUUCUUGGACCGGGAUAGGAAACCAGGUGUGUCUCCCCCGCUACGUGAUGCCUCCAUGUCCUCUGCUUCACCAAGUUCAGUACUACCAGAAUGGAAGAUCCGGCUUCUGGAGGAAAAGCUUAAGUUCUCACAGUUCUUGGAUGAGAUUACAUACAGAAUUCUGAGCCCUGCUAGCUUGAACUUGCUGGGUUAUAAAAAGGAAGAAACUUCUAAAGGAACCCAGGCCCAGCUGAAUCCUUGUCAGCAACCUGAUCCCAAGGAGAAUAAGGGGAAGAAGCAGGAGAGGAGGCGACCAUGGGGGGAAUGUGCCACCCCACAGGACAGAGAGGCAAGGAGAGAGAAGAAAGUCAGGUCCAUAACAAGGCACACUUCUCUGAGAAAGGACCACCUGGAACAAGAGCCAGAGAAAUGGCAUGUGGACCCCAAAAUGGAAGGAGCACGAAAUAAAUGCAAAGGUUCUGAUUAUGGUGAUUCCAGGCAUAGCAGUGAGACAGAGUGGGAUGGCAGGAAUCGACAGGGGGUUCAACAACAGCCACUAUCCCACCACUCAGCCCAGCUGGAGCCAAGGACUCAGCCAAAGAACACUGUGAAUAAAUCAGGGCUGACAAAGGCUGGAAUGUCUACAGUUCAUAUGGAAAGUGAAAACAUACCAGUAUCACAAACUGCUUUUUUGGUUUUAUCACAAAUUAAGGAGUCAUUAUCAGAUGCUGAAAAAAUCAAGAUCUUAGAACAGCAGAAUGAAGACCUGCGCCGCCAUCUCACACAUACCACCCACAAAAUGGAGGCAAUGGAGGCGGAGUUUGAGAGUCGUCGGCACUACAUGCAGACAGAGAUGGGCCGAACACGAGACGAUCUGGAGAAGAUGAAAGACAAGUUUCGAAGACUGCAGAACAGCUACACAGCCUCACAGAGAGCCAACCAGGAUUUGGAAGAGAAGCUUCAUGCCUUGCUCCGGAAAGUGGAAAGAGACAAGAAGACCAUGGAUCAAGAGAUAGUGGAGCUCACCAACAAGCUUGUGGAUGCUAAGAACACUAUUGACAAGCUGGAGGAACUGAAUGAACGCUAUCGGCAGGACUGCAAUUUGGCUGUGCAGCUGUUGAAGUGCAACAAGUCCCAUUUCCGGAACCACAAGUUUGCAGACUUGCCAUAUGAACUACAGGAGAUGGUGAAUAAGCACAUGAAGAGCAGUCUGCCUGACAAGACCCAGAGCCCUCAAGGAGCCCAUGGGCAGGACCCAGACACACUGAGUUUGACACCAGCUGAUGUGGUGCCCACCUCUGUCAUUGCCCGGGUACUUGAGAAACCUGAACCACUUGUUCUCAACUCUGCUCAGUCCAGCAGCAGUGGCCGGCCAGUGGCUGAGGAUGUGUUUGUCCAUGUGGAUAUGACUGGAUCCCAGAAUGAAAGUGCUGGCCGAGAAAAUGGGGGUCCUGGACAGACUAGGCUUAGCACCUGUACUGGACCUGAUCAGUCACAUCUUAAUGGAGUGUUCCGUAGUCCAGAUGGUCAGUCAGCUGACAGUGGGGCAGCACCCUCCUUUGAGAAGCUAAAUCCUUACCCUACACCACCUCCUCCACAUCCGCUCUACCCUGGCCGCAAAGUGAUUGAGUUCUCCUCUGAUGAUAAGGUAAAGAUCCCUAAGAACAGCCCACUGCCUAACUGCACAUAUGCCACACGCCAGGCCAUAUCCCUUAGCCUGGUACAAAAUGAGGAGGAGGCUGGAGAACGGCAACGUACUGUCCCCAACAGCCCUGCAGUGUCUGAUGGAGGUUGGCGUUCUGGGACUUCCUCAUCUUCAGGCGGAGGGCAUGCAUCACAACCACGAACGCCUCAGCAGAGUGAUUUCACUGACCCUUUGUCUAGCCAGUCAAGUCCCUUCAGCAGCCCACCACAGCCACCGAGUGCCUUUGCCAGCUCAGGUAGCUCUGAGGAGGACUUGCUCACCAACUGGCAGAGAAUGUUUGUGGAGAAGAUUGCACCAUCCUCAGAAGGCACCCUGGUUAACCGCACCUCCUUUAGCAGUGAGACAGUGAAGGAACUCCAAAUGAGUCGCAGCAGCAAGUCCGGUAGAGGAGCUUCAGACCGAGGGAUCCUGCGUGGAGCCUACUCAGAUGGAGAAGAGGGCUCCUCAACUCAAAGCUGGACGGCCAGCAGAGAGUCCAGCCUGGAUACUGAUACAAGCAGCAUCGCAGACCUACGCACCAAAAGGGGUCAGUAUGGUGCUACCUUUUCACAAGAGGAGAGUGAGCAAUUGCUGAUGGCUCUUGACAAUGAUGAUGGUGCUAGUGGUGACACAAUGGUCAUGGUGGAGUCCAGCCCAGCCUCUGCAAAGCAGCCAGAGUUUGCUGAAGAUGGUGGUUCUGUAGGCAGCCCAGCCGAAGAGCGAGACGUCCUUCCACAGGACUUUCCCAUCAUCAGUCCCCGGGUCCUUGCCGGCUUGGAGGAUUACACAGAAAAGCCUCCCUCUCACCGCCACCAGAGUGGCUCCACCCGGCCUCAGAAGAGCCCCAAAAGGAUGGGGGUUCAUCACCUGCACAGGAAGGACAGUCUUACCAGGGCUCAAGAGCACGGAAACCUGCUGGACUGAGAAAGUGGCUAGCCCCUUGCUCCUUACUUCACCUACAGUGCUCUUCUGCUUGUUAGAUCACAAGUCUUACCAGGCCAUAAAGGGAAGCAGGAAUCACAUUGGUGAUUGAUCAGCUAAUGCCCAAGCUGCUUUCUUUUAUGGGUUAUUACUGUAACUCUUGAGCCACUUCUCAGAAGCAAGAAGCUAGUUGUGGUAUUUACAGUACAGAUUAAGGUGGUAAUCAUACCUUUUAAGAAGUCUGAUGUACUUCAGUUAUCCUUUAAGAAUGUGAGAGUAUGUAAGAAGUUAAUUUUUCCAUGCUCCAACAUCUUCUGGACAUCUUCAAGCUGUGGUGUAAAUUAUGAGAAGAAUACAGGAUAUAGCCAUAUAAAGACACCUCUGUAUUUGGCCAAUGUAUUGUAAUGGGGGACAUCCAGAUGAAACAGCACUUUCAACUUGUUGCCGUAAGGUACUAGAAUACCACAGAAACUGGAAGCAAAGACCCCUUUUUUUGUUGAAGGGUUUCAAAGUGAGAGCCGUGUACUUCUAAAGAUUAAAGAAUGAGAUGGUGCUCCA